GUUCUAAUUCAGGCCGGUCACAGUGCGAGUCUCAGAUCACAUCGUGGAACUUGAGCGACAUGGAUUCGUAGGCUCUGACAGAGAUCGAGGAAACAGCGUGUCCUAGGAAUGAAAGCAUCCCACCUGAGAGUUCUGCGAUGUCGUCGUUGGUUGGCUACGACGACUCAGAUUCCGAGGAGGAAGCUGAAACAGCGAGGAUUUCCGACCGGGCAGCCUAUGCCCCAAACCAGGGAAGCCUCGGUCUCCCCUCUGUCCCUGGCCGAUCAACUGUGAGUCUGCGGGACCAAACCUGGCCCGGCAGGGGCGUUAAUCACGCUGGUUCAAGCGCCGACUCCGGGGUGGAGGGCAAAGCGAGGCCACGGUCGGGGAGAAGUGGCUGGCAGCCCGGCCUGCCACGGCCCCGGGAAUCAAUGGAGGCUGUGCCCUGCCCUCCUCAGCUGUCCGAGACCUUCUUGUGGCCUAGCCCCGCCUGGGGGCAGGCCCACAUUGGCGGAAGGGGGCACUGCGACGGCUGGGGUCUUCCAGCCCCUAGCCCCGCCACCGCUUUCCCCAAGCCCCCCCCGGCAGCCGCAAACGGCAGCCCCUUUCAAAAGAGAACCCGGGAAGACCCCGCUUUGGUUCCGGAAGGCCUUAAGCCGUAUAUUCCCAAGAGACUAAGGCAAGGGUGCCCUCCCAAAGCCGAGAGUCAUGUGGGGAGAGAAUCUGAGGGACCAGAGCAAGCCCUCGCUGGGCCGGGCGCCGGGGAAGACCCUCGAGAAUUCACCAGGGUGUCGGAGUUUAUCCGGCCUUAUUUAGAGGCCAAGUCCAGACACACAGAGAUCCCAAAGCGGCGGCUGUUUUUGAUGUCAGAGCAUCGAAGUCCGGUCAACGGCAUCCAGUGGUGUCCGGUUCUGCAGCGCAGUCACCUCCUUCUCUCGGUUUCCAUGGAUUCGACUUUCAAGGUUUGGGAUGCCAUAGACACAGGCCGCUGUUUGCAAACCUACACCUGCCACAGUGGGGCUGUCCGAGCCGGUCAGUGGUCCUCCUGUGGAAGGAAGAUCCUCAGUGGAGGCUUCGAUUCCAUGCUGCACUUAACCGACGUCGAAACGGGCACUCAGUUAUUCAGCAGCAAAAAUGAAUUCAGAGUCAGCACGCUGAAAUUCCAUCCCAGUGAACCCAACAUUUUCCUGUGCGGAGGCUUCAGUCCAGAAGUUAAAGCGUGGGACAUGAGGAAUUGUAAGGUGGUCAGAGUCUACAAAGCAGCCGCCCAGCAAACCCUGGACAUCCUCUUCCUCCGGGAUGGGAAUGAGUUUCUGAGCAGCACGGAUUCGGUGAGCCGGGACUCAGCCGACCGCACCAUCAUUGCGUGGGAUUUCUGCAGUGCAGCCAAAAUCUCCAAUCAGAUUUAUCACGAGAGGUUUACCUGCCCGAGUCUCACUCUGCACCCAAAGGAGGCAUUCUUUAUCGCUCAGACAAACGGGAAUUAUAUGGCAUUGUUUUCAACUCAGAGACCGUACCGCAUCAACAAAAAGAAACGCUAUGAAGGCCACAAGGUGGAAGGCUAUGCAGUAGGCUGCGAAUGUUCUCCCGACGGCACGUUGCUCGUGACAGGAAGCUCCGACGGCACCGUGUUCUUCUACCACUAUCACAGCUCCAAGCUCCUCGGCACGCUGCCUGGCCACCGCCAAGCCUGUGUUGGUGCUACUUUCCACCCGGCUCUCCCCUCCGUCCUUGCCACGUGUGCCUGGGAUGGAGACAUUCAGCUCUGGCAGUAAGGCUGAAGUGUCGCGGGGUUGUCCGGAGCAGCAAAGUCCUCCUAGGAAAGAGCCAUGAAGAUGCAGAGUAAUGUGGGGAGGCAGAAGGAACAUGCUGGCGGGAGGCGGAUGGAGUGGCCGCUUUGGGGUGAUGUUCAGUGAAAGGCAAUAGCCCAGGUGUCCCCAUACCCCCCCAAAAAAACCCAACAAACUGCCAUGGUAUACGCCCACUUAUGUCGUUGUAAUACCCUGUCCAUGCAGCGAGGCAGGGAACAUUUUCUGGGCAGCACCAGGCAGUUCUGCUGGGCCCUGGGAGGCAUGAGAGUGCUUGAGUCAACUCUUUCCUCUUCCCCUACCCCCCUGCACCAAUUGUUGGACUGAGGCUUUGCAGGGAGGGGGCUCCUAGUGCCUUGGUCCCAGAACAUCCCCGCAGGGGCCUACCGGGCCAGAGCCGCACCCAACUGUUCCCCUGACUGCACCUCAGUGCCCACUCAGCAGAGGUCUGGGGAGCCUGCGGGUCCUUCUCCAGCCUUCCCUCCUGUCCCACCAUACCAUGUUCCCCAUGCCUGCUCCAUGCCAGGGGCCAGAACUGGGCUCAGGCUCCCCUGCUCCAGCCCACCAAGGAAACCCCAAAACACAAAAUAAUAUUUGAGGUAGGAAGGGGUUGGUCAGGGGAGGGGUUUACACAAACCCCAAAACUCUUUGUUCCCCUCUCGGGCCACACUACCACUCCCACCCCCCAAACCCAACCCCACUGGACAGUCCAAACCCGAACUUCGUUGUGCCUAAAUAAAAUUUUUUUUAAAGCAAA